AUGAGAUUUAGCAAUGUCAACCUUAAUGAUGUAGAAGGCUCAGGAUAUGAUAUUCUAGAAGGCAAAGGAAUUAGGAUUAUAACCAGGAAUAACCUCCCCAGCAAAAGUGAAUAUAAUGGAUAUUUAAUUCAAAUCCAGUUGCUUCUUACUACUGCUAGGAUAAAACAUAAAGUGCACUGUUUAGCUUUCUGUUCGACAUCUUACCUUGGAGGCGGCAGCAGCAGGAGUUCCUGGAGCCUCACCAUACCGCCCAAGGACCAUAAGAAGAAGAAAGAUGCCGGCAAGUUGGCCAAGAAGGACAAGGACCCCGUGAACAAGUCUGGGGGCAAAGCUAAGAAGAAGUGGUCCAAGGGAAAAGUGCGAGACAAGCUCAACAAUCUGGUUCUGUUUGACAAAGCAACGUAUGACAAACUCUGCAAGGAGGUCCCCAACUAUAAACUUAUUACCCCUGCAGUGGUCUCAGAAAGACUGAAGAUUCGGGUUUCUCUAGCCCGGGCAGCCCUCCAAGAACUGUUUAGUAAAUGUCUGAUUAAGCUGGUUUCCAAACACAGAGCACAAGUGAUAUAUACUAGGAACACCAAGGGUGGAGAUGCUCCAGCUGCUGAAGAUGCAUGAAAUGGUUCAACAUUUUUGUGUACAUUUUCAAAAAUAAACUUAUUGGACUUAAAAAAAAAAAAA